AAAGCAUCAGUAAACAUCUUUUUCUCCUUCAUCCUGGCGGCUGACUGCUUUUAGACCGACCACACGUAUUUCAGCCAUUUUUAUCAGGCCAACAGAAGAUUUGAAAAUUUAAAAAAAUCAGAAAUGUGUGACCAGCAAGAAAAAGUCAAGAACAAAAAAACAGCUGCCAAAUCUCAAGAAAUGAAGCACCAUCACCACCCACAUCAUCAGCAACUGAAGUUCCAUCAUUCAGAUGAAGAUGGCAGCCAAGGCGCCCAUUCAACAGCGGAGGACAGCUUGCUCAGUGAUGGCCUCCCUCAUCAUCAACAUCGCUCUCAUCGUUAUCGCUGCAAGCAAAGGCGUGGCCGGCUCUCGCCUUCUGAAACUUCUUUCACUUCUUCAUAUGGUUCCUCUUCAUCCACUUUCUCCUCUUCAUCAACAACCGCCUCCUCCGCUUCGUGUUCUUCAUCGUCCAACUCUUCCACCACUUCAGCAUCUUCCUCUAGUCUGUCAUCCGAGAGUAGUACUGAAACUUUGGAUAGAUUUCUCCUCAGGAGGCCUCAGCAUUCCCAGUCUUGGACGAACAUUUCUGGGAAGGACGGGUCCGUCGAAGAAGACACCGCACCGUUGGUCGCUCAUAGAGCUCAUGUAGGCAAGCAGAAACAAGCGAAAGGCAAGUCCGCUCACAACGGCUCCCAGCAAGGCACCGAGCAGACUCAAAAUAGUGCAAGUUUCCGCAAAUCCAAAUCGAUGGAGGCCCUCACUCGCCCCGCAGAAAGAGAGGGGCACGCAAACGAGGAGGAAGAGGGGAACGAAAAAAAACAGGUCAGAAAGAAUGUAAUGAAGGAAAAAAUGAAGUUCUCUGCUUUCCUUAAUGAGAUCACACGACAAGUGCUGAGCCCAAUGAGACUUAGCACUCUGGGGGUCACAGACGCUCAGAAAACAAGCAGCACGGAGCCCACCGGGAUUAGAUCCAGGAAGUCUGAGAGCAACACGGGACAGCAGAGGAGUCGGCCCGUCAGCGCCGACUCGGUGAAGUCCAGCAAGUAUUCUCACGCUUCGCUUUCCAAGUCUAAAUCGUUCCACCGCCAUCGUGAUCAUCGCUCUCCAGACCCGACCGAUCGCAUGCAACACAGGCCCAGAAGCUGCACUGAUAUAAGCCGUUUGGAAAGACAUCCGUCGCCGUCUCCCACUUCUCAGGAUUGCUCCCGUUCACCCUCUCGUAAGCAGCACCGUCGUCGGAACCAAGGAGAUCAUAUUCGUCGGUGUCAUCACCGUAGCGUCCCCCACAGCUCGAGUUAUCACAGAUACCCCCGCAACAGAAGUCCUCACCGUCGUCGCAGAUGCCACAGUCCUGUCUUCUAUCCUGACCAUGGAGAUCGGGACAGUUCCAGUUUUUACCACAACAAACGUUCUCCUCGCAAUCACUAUGAAGACAACCACGGUGGAGAGCGCUACAGCACUUCAACUCAUCCCCAUCGCACCGACUACCAUGACCCGGCUAUUCACCAGCACGGUGACCAUCGUUUCCAUUAUCCCCACGGAUACCACAACCGUGGUCAUGUUCCUCGCCACGGAGAUCCUCAUUAUACAAUGUAUCACCGUGAAGAGCGCCACAGCAGAACUCUCCCUCAUCAUCAGAUUCACAAUGGCACAUCACAGCACCACAAAGACCAUUCAAUUCCCCGUAGCAAUCAUUUAAAUCCAAAGCGUCCAACCACACCGCAUCGUGGAAAUAAAACCCAAAGCUGUGAGCACACCAAUACGCCCUACUCAAAACAUCACCAUGGAGACCACCAUGGCCUUUCUCAGCAUCACAGUUUAAAGGACCAACAUCACCGUGGUGUUCCUCACAGUGAUCCUCAUAAUCGUCAGCAUGGAGAGCACCACAGUGGGAUCCAUCAGCAUCACCAGGGAGUCCAUGGAGACGGAAGCCCCCGCCCUCAGCAGAGAGCCAGACCUAGUGAGUUUGAGCUCCAUCGCCAUGGAGACCAUCACAGGUCCAGUCACCAGAAUCAGCAGGGACACCGCCACAGUCCAAACCCUCAACAUCACCAUGGAGACGACCCCGAUGACGUACAUCAACCUGACGAUGACGAGAGCCAGAGUUCCUAUCAAGAACAGCGCCGCAGAGCUCAUAGUAGUCCAACCCGUCCCCAUCGUCAUGGAGACCAGCACAGUCCAAACCAUGAGGAUCACCACAGUAAUUUGCAUCAUCACAGUCAUGCAGAAAGUCAAAAUGCAGAGCAGCAGCACGGAGACCCUCACAAUCCAAAUGGCCAACACCACAACAGAGAUCAGACCAGUUCUCACCGUCAGCAUCACCACGGAGACCACAAAAGUCCAAACGGUCAUCACCAGCACGAAGGCCACCAUCGCCGCGUCCAUCAAAUCCAGCAUGGGGAUCCGAGUCAUCCUGAACCACAUCAAAACCGACACCUCUCCAAAAAUGAGCCUGAACUUGAGGAAAAGCACGAUCACAUUAUUAGACAGUCUGCUGGCAGUCUGCCGCCACAGCAGAACAAGAACGGAGUUCUUCCCUGCAAGCUGGACUCAACAAGAAAGCUCACCAGCCGAGAUGAGGGGCAAACAGACUUCACCGGCCCUUCGAUACCGCAAGAACCAACACAUGAAAUGGAUGAGAUCACGGUCCUACAGGAAGAGAAUGAAAGUCUGCAGCAGAGUUUCGUGAAGUCAGCAGUCAAUAUGGAAUUUUUGGGAGAAUUUUUAAGUAGCCAGAAGAUUCUGGAAGAGGAGCUCCAGAGGACCCGCGAGGAAUUGAGCAACCUCAUGGAGAGUUUUAAAAUACUCCACGAGAACUGCUCAUCCACACAACAAACAAAUAGCCUACUGGAGCAAAAACUUAACUCUGUGACUCGGAGCAUGGAGGGAGAGCGCGAGAGGUUGAGCCGACGCAUUUCAGGAUUGACAGAACAACUGGCUGCUGCAAAAUUUGCCAACAAUCCGGGCACGUUAAAUGUCAAAUCUGGGCUGAACACGACCUACGACCGUUUUCAUCUUGAUGAGGCCAUCAAUCAGGUUCUGCUCCCUAUAGCCCCUCCCCCCAUCCAGUUCAUGGACAGCCAAAACUAUGAAAAGGUCAAAGCAGCAGGGCAGGACCAAUGUCUAGGGUCAGUUCCGGAGGAGGAGGAGUCUGACUGGUCAGAAAUGGGGGACGAGAUCCCACGAUUUAUUCUGACAGCCUCGAACAGAAGUCAAGCAUGGAUGCCCAGGGAAGGAGACACGGACAAAGACGGCGAGUCAGGAGGCGAGGAGGUCGUCCGCCUUCCAUCUCCUCGACCCCUGCAGAUACCGCAUCUCCAGUUCACCAUCCACAAUGAGAUUUUACCUGCCCCGCCAGGCAACGCUUGCCCCUCAGGUAUGACAGGUGAGAACACAUUUAGGAUCACCGCUAGUCCGAAUCUUGGCUCUACCGUACUGAUCAGGUCGACGAGCCUGGAGGAAAUCCCGCUCGCGUGCCAUCAAUUGCCCAAGGAGCUCAGAGGCACGGAGGCCAUCAUGGACCUCCGCCGCCCUGGGGAUGAAGCUAUUGAUGAUUUCGAUAAUGAGAUCAUUCAUCGUUGGCGAAUGAACAACAACAGGGAUGGGAGGGCAUCAGAGGCCGAUAGCGCUCCCUGCAGUCUGCAGUCGGUGGAACAGAUGCUCAACCAGUUCCUGUGCGAGCCGCAGCCCGGCGAGGGCCCGUGUCAGCGCAGGUCUGAACUGCACGGCUGGACACAGGGGAUUGCGGAGGAGGUGCUCGGAGGGGAGCAAACGCAACUGUGAUCCAAUGUUCACACACCCUGAACUCCAAUGCAGCCUGGACUUUACCCAGCACGAUAGGCAAAUAAGUUUGUACUGACACUGUUAGAGGUAUUUGUUACUAUUUGUGGAUUUAUUCAAAGUGUAGUUUUGCAGUGCUGCAAUAUAUCACACUGAAAAAAGUGUAGUUUGAUCAGGUUCCAAACUGAGACAGGAGACGCAUACUGCUAUGGUAUACAUCAUAAUAUACAUGCUACUUCCUCUGCAUGACUUUACUAGAUUGUUUCCUUCCUGAUUCCAUCAGUAGAAUUUAAAGUAUGAA